GUUGAUGCUGAUUAGCUGGAGCUUAGAAACUAGUGAUUAAGAAGAGAACAGCAUCACUGAGGUGAAAUCUUCCAGGAAAUGUUUCCUAAGAGUUAGUACACAGAAGCUGUAUUACUGAGGAGGGCAAGGUUGUAUGUUUCUCUGGCAGCUGAAUUUGGUAGUGUAAGAAUCACCCAGGUGGUACUGGUUUUGAAGCCUUGAAAGAAUCAUGGAGAGCAGCCACCACACUGGGAGAGACCAGAAGAGGCCAUUGUGAAGGCGCAGCCUCAGUGGCAAUUGAAGGCCAAUGACUGAAGGGGUCAGGCUGAGUUGAGUCUUGGCACCACAAAGUGAGCCUAAGAGAGGCUAUUGGUGACAGUGCAGCCCAGUUGAAGCAGAAGUUUUUGAGAUAUCAGUAUCAUGGAAUAACCACCACCACCAGCAGCAGCAACAGCAGUGGAGCAGGGAGCCAGCCGGAGUUCAGAAGACAAGCUGUGUGUGCUGCAGAGGGUGGAGCCUGAGAAGUGACCAAAACCCUUUGGAGGAGUUCAGAAGACUGUGAGUGCAUCCCAGUCACUGGAUAGUUGGAGUUUGCUUUUGCUUUGAUUUUGUUGUGACUGCCCUGGUUCUUCCCUCUUGGAGGCGCUUUGGUUAGUGCGAGUUCAGAUGAUACACUUCAUUUGUGGAAUCUGAGACAGAAAAGGCCAGCCAUUCUUCAUUCCCUUAAAUUUAACAGAGAACGAAUUACUUACUGUCAUCUACCUUUCCAGAGUAAAUGGCUCUAUGUGGGAACAGAAAGAGGAAAUACACAUAUUGUAAAUAUUGAAUCUUUCAUUCUUUCUGGAUAUGUCAUCAUGUGGAACAAGGCAAUUGAACUAUCCACCAAGACUCACCCAGGCCCAGUUGUUCACUUAAGUGAUAGCCCAAGAGAUGAAGGGAAACUGUUAAUAGGUUAUGAAAAUGGUACUGUAGUAUUCUGGGACUUGAAAUCUAAAAGAGCAGAACUGAGAGUUUAUUAUGAUGAGGCUAUUCAUUCAAUUGAUUGGCAUCAUGAGGGCAAACAAUUCAUGUGCAGCCAUUCAGAUGGUAGUUUGACUUUAUGGAACCUGAAAAGCCCAAGUCGCCCUUUCCAAACCACAGUACCACAUGGAAAAAGUCAAAGAGAAGGAAGGAAGUCUGAGCCUUGUAAACCAAUUCUUAAAGUAGAGUACAAAACUUGCAGGAACAGUGAACCAUUUAUAAUAUUCUCUGGUGGGCUGUCAUAUGACAAAGCUUGCAGAAGACCAAGUUUAACCAUCAUGCAUGGAAAAGCAAUUACAGUACUUGAAAUGGAUCAUCCUAUUGUUGAAUUUCUAACUUUGUGUGACACACCUUAUCCAAAUGAAUUUCAAGAGCCCUAUGCUGUUGCUGUACUUCUAGAGAAAGAUCUCAUCUUAGUUGAUCUGACACAAACCAAUUUUCCAAUCUUUGAAAAUCCAUAUCCAAUGGACAUUCAUGAGUCACCAGUUACAUGCACAGCAUAUUUUGCCGAUUGUCCUCCAGAUUUGAUUCUAGUACUCUAUUCUAUAGGAGUCAAGCAUAAAAAACAAGGAUACAGUAAUAAGGAAUGGCCAGUAAAUGGAGGGGCUUGGAAUCUUGGAGCACAAACUUAUCCAGAAAUUAUUAUUACUGGUCAUGCUGAUGGAUCAAUAAAAUUUUGGGAUGCUUCUGCAAUGACUCUGCAGAUGUUGUACAAGUUAAAAACUUCAAAAGUAUUUGAAAAGCAGAAGGUAGGAGAUGGCAAGCAAACAUGUGAGAUUGUAGAGGAAGACCCAUUUGCUGUUCAGAUGAUUUACUGGUGUCCAGAGAGCAGAAUAUUUUGUGUAUCGGGAGUCUCUGCAUAUGUCAUCAUUUAUAAAUUCAGCAGACACGAAAUUACAACAGAAAUAGUGUCAUUAGAGGUACGACUUCAGUGUGAUGUUGAAGAUAUUAUUACCCCCGAACCAGAAACAAGUCCUCCAUUUCCAGAUCUGUCCUCUCAACUCCCCUCAUCAAGGAGUCUUUCUGGAAGUACCAAUACUGUGUCUAGUGAAGGGGUGAUGAAGGACAGCAUCCCGUGCCUCAGUGUUAAAGCACGUCCAGUGAGGAUGCCCCCUGGCUAUCAAGCAGAUCUUGUUAUUCAGUUGGUAUGGGUAGAUGGUGAGCCUCCCCAGCAGAUUACCAGCCUUGCAAUAAGCUCAGCGUAUGGAAUAGUUGCAUUUGGAAACUGCACUGGGUUGGUUGUAGUGGAUUUCAUACAGAAGACAGUACUGUUAAGUAUGGGAACCAUUGACCUCUAUAGAUCAAGUGACCUGUACCAGCGACAGCCCCGAUCUCCUCGAAAAAACAAGCAGUUCAUUGCAGACAACUUUUGCAUGCGUGGGCUGUCUAACUUUUAUCCUGAUUUAACGAAACGGAUCCGUACUUCCUAUCAGAGCUUAACAGAGCUGAACGAUAGUCCAGUUCCCCUGGAACUUGAGCGCUGCAAGUCUCCCACUUCAGGACUUGCUACCAGAACUUCUGAGGCAGCACCAGGCUUUUAUAGGAAUGAAAUGCCAGCUGUGAGACAGAGGAAUCAAGUACACCACUUGCCAGGUGAAGACCAUGUAAAUGGACACUGCACAAGUCCAACCUCUCAGAGUUGCAGUUCUGGAAAACGUCUUUCCAGUGCUGAUGUUUCAAAAGUAAAUCGCUGGGGUCCUGGAAGACCACCAUUUAGAAAGGCACAGUCAGCUGCUUGCAUGGAGAUUUCUUUACCAGUUACAACUGAAGAAGCCAGAGAGAAUUCCUAUAACCGCUCCAGGAGCUCUAGUAUCUCCAGUAUUGACAAAGACUCCAAAGAAGCAGUUACAGCUUUAUACUUCAUGGAAUCCUUUGCACGGAAGAAUGAUUCUACCGUUUCCCCUUGUCUAUUUGUUGGAACUAGUCUGGGAAUGGUAUUACUCAUCUCCCUGAACCUACCACCAUCAGACGAACAAAGGUUUACAGAGCCAGUGAUGGUAUUGCCAAGUGGUGCAUUCCUCUCAUUGAAAGGAGCUGUGCUAACAUUUUCCUGCAUGGACAGAACUGGCAGUUUAAUGCAGCCUCCAUAUGAAGUAUGGAGGGACCCAAACUACACAGAUGAAAAUGAAAAAACAUGGAAAAGGAAAUUGGUUAUGAACUACUCCACUUCAUCCCAAGAAACAGGCGACCAUCAGUAUACAAUAAUCUGCUCAGAAAAACAAGCCAAAGUCUUCUCACUGCCAUCUCAGACCUGCCUUUAUGUUCACAACAUCACAGAGACCUCUUUCAUACUGCAAGCAGAGGUGGUGGUCAUGUGUAGCAGUGCCUGCUUGGCCUGCUUUUGUGCAAAUGGGCAUAUCAUGAUAAUGAGCUUACCUAGUCUUCGCCCAAUGUUGGAUGUAAAUUAUUUGCCACUGACAGACAUGAGGAUAGCACGGACAUUUUGUUUUACUAAUGAAGGACAGGCAUUGUACCUUGUCUCUCCUACUGAAAUUCAACGGUUAACAUAUAGCCAAGAAAUGUGUGAUAAUAUUCAGGACAUGUUAGGCGAUUUGUUUACUCCCAUAGAAACACCAGAAGCUCAAAAUAGAGGCUUUCUCAAGGGACUGUUUGGUGGAAGUGGACAGACAUUUGACAGAGAAGAGCUCUUUGGGGAAGCUACAGCAGGAAAAGCAUCCCGCAGCCUUGCACAGCACAUUCCUGGACCAGGUAGUAUAGAAGGAAUGAAAGGCGCUGCUGGAGGGGUGAUGGGAGAGCUGACCCGAGCCCGAAUUGCACUUGAUGAGAGAGGGCAGCGGCUGGGUGAGCUGGAAGAGAAGACUGCAGGCAUGAUGACCAGUGCAGAAGCAUUUUCCAAACAUGCACAUGAGUUAAUGCUGAAAUACAAGGAUAAGAAAUGGUACCAAUUCUAACCGUCUAAAGAAGCUGUGACUACUUUGAGAAAGCAUUAUUCAGGGAAACCAAAUUUAUUCCCAGCAUCACUAUUCAACUGCUAGAGACCAGUUUCUUCUACAAAAUGUUCCAUUAGAGCCCAUCUGAAGUUAUCAUAAAGGAGGCGUACCCAAGGCAAAGCCACUGUACACCAUGCAAGCUGGAACCCCGGUUACAAUCCCAAGAUAAUGGCUGAAUUGGUCUUUUCCCCAUGUGGAAUGGAUGUUAUCUUGGCAUAUAAUUUGCUAAGAAUUUGUGUUUGGAAACUAUUGGGGAGUCCUUUUGAUUUGAAAUUUCCUGUACAAACAAAAGCAUUAAUGCACUUAAUGAAAAAAAUCUUUGCAUGAUAAAUUAACAUCUUAAGAGGAAAAGAAACAAAAGCAUGUUAUAACAGAAGAAAAUGGAUUAUGGUAAACUAUUUUUAUGAAUUGGGCCACACCCAACAGUUUAAAAAUCUGCAUUAGAAGAUAACAGUGCAUUUCAAGUGUAUCUGCCAUACCCAUCUGAAAAGGAAUCAAAACAAACCCAGAAUUUUCUUUACGUCUGAAACUUUCCUUAGUAUAUUAGGACAUUACCAAAUUCUUCCAAGCAAGAUUCUGAUUAACAUUUUCUCUCUGCAUAGUAUUUCACAUCAUUUACAGCUCCCAUUCAUAAUCAAGUAUUGCCAGGAUAGUGAUGUAUUCCCAACACUUUCAUUUCUAUUUCUGUCACCUUCAGGGUGAACCCCGUAUUUUAGUACUCAGCCGAACAGGGAAUCACCUCCCAGUGUUCUUUCAGCCUGUUGUAUAGUCUACAGAGCAGUUGGCGAUAAGUUUGCAGACACUAGAUGAUAGGAAUAAUGCAAUUAGUUUUGAGAACUGAUUUCCCAAAGAGUGGAGUUUCACAUACCCCCCAUUUCAGUUUCCAAAGCGAUAUAUUCUUUUUUUUUUUUUUUUUUUUUUUUGGUUUUUAUGAGACAGGGUUUCUCUGUAUUGUUUCGGAGGCUAUAGGUCCAGCCCGGCCUUGAACUCACAGAGAUCCGUCUGCCUCUGCCUCCCGAGUGCUGGGAUUAAAGGCAUGCGCCACCACCGCCCGGCUCAAAGCGAUAUAUUCUUAAAGCAUCAUUUGUAUCCUUAUCUGUCAGUUACACGGUAUAUUACUACCCAAACUCAGUAGGGUCUACAACCCCAAGGUGCUUUAUGCAUCCUAACAGUCACAGACCAGACUGAUCAUUCUUGUCGAUGUGAUUCAGGAAAACUUCAGUUAACAUUCUGGGAAAGAGUUACUGCAUUCUGACUUAUAAGGGCUUUCAUUAGAAAAUACUUUGGGGUUCAACACUUACUAAUGGGAACCUUUAUGAAAUCUAGUGGUGGUUUAUCUAUGUUGGCCACAGUCAUCAUAAAUAACACAAAUCCAUAGAUAAUUUAACGAUACAAACUCGAUAAUUUUGUCACUAGAUUGACUAAUAUAAGUCACAGGAAUGUGGCAGUAAAUACCAAACACCUUCUUAAAAACUCUGAGGUAAAGACCAGCUCUAGCAUGAUAAAAUUAUCUGUCAUAGCCCAGAGGAGAAGCACUAUAAUGAAGACUAGAUGACGACUCCUACUCACUCUAUUGAACAUGCAUGGAAGUCAGAAUCAUAGGAAUCACCUGACAGUGUGUUGUUCCUAUUUUUAAAAUCUUCAAUUAUGUGAUUGAUUUUUUUUUACUGAAUUUUGAUGAUUUGAGAUCUUGUUGGGUUUACAUUUGUGUUUAAAACAUCACCAUUUCCUUGAAUCCAGCUUCAUAGACAAAAUUAGCAUUUUUAUUGGUUUCAUAUUUUUUGUUUGAAAUGGUGCUUCCUUUAAAUUUUUCUCAGUAAAUUUGAAACGAGAGCAGAAGUGAUUAAAAGAGUCAGAAAAUACACACUAGAGUAGCGUUUCUCAGAAUCCUAGAAUUCUGGUUUCUUAAAAACAUCUCUCUGUAAAUCCAUCUUCUGCUACAAUGUUAGCAUAAGAGAACUUGGCUUGGAAAUACAGAUAAUCUACACAUUUAUACAGUAAAAAUAUUAGUGGACUUUAAGGCCAGGACCUGGGAAACAUUGGCAGCCAAAUUGGAACACACAAUUUAUACUGUCUGCUUUAAGGACCCAAGGCUCUAAUUUUUCUGGAUACUUCAACAUUUCUACAUUUUAAAAUGACCUAAAAGAAUAAGAUACUUCUUUUGUUUUGAAAUAGCAAAAUCCAUCCCAAAGUAGCAUUGAAUUCAAUGACUAUCUCUGAAACUCCCAGGAAUAUUUACUUGUUUUAGAGAUAUAGCUCAGGGUAGAGUGCUUGCCCACCAUGUUCAAAACUCUGGGUUCAGUCCUCAAUAACACACACACACAAAUAAAUUCACUUGUUCUACAGCAAGAGCUCUCAACAGCAGCAUCAUUAGCACAAAUAUUUUUCUAGAGUGUUGUGGGAUGUUAAUAGUACCCUUGGCUUCUGCCUUCUAAAUGCUAGUAGGAGCUUGCUAGUAAUGACAGUAAAAACAAAAAAAAUUACAAAAUUGCUUCCAGCUGAGAGCUACUAUUUUACAUCAUUUAAAAAGAAAGACUGUGAAAUACAUAAUGUAUGUUUUUAAGAAAACAGCAUACAAUAAGAGCACAUUGUCUUAGCAAGAGAAGUCCUAUCCAAAAUUAUAUGUGUGAUUCAUACACAAUAGAGCUCAAUUUUGAAGAAUCGGUGAGCUAACAAUUGCAGACUAUUUCAAAGCACACAGAAUAUAUCAAAAGGAGACAUCCAUAUUUUACAAUAGACAUGCUUAAAAUUCUGGCUUCAGCAAAUAUAUCAAAAAUGUAUAAAUAGACAUUAUUUGGAAUAGGUGCUUCUGCAAUGCUUGAAAAGAACAAGUUCUCAUAAAUGUUUAAAGCUUAAAUGUGCUUACAACAUUGUUUGCCAAGCCCUUUCUUAAGAGUAACUUAUCCCACAAAUCAAUGGUUGGCAGAAUCCAAAUUAAUGAGGUUUUGCAGUAUCAAAAUUAUUUUUAUAAUUCAAAGAGAUAGCAAUAACAAUAACCAUGGAUGUGAUUUUCCUCUUUGAGCAUUUCUAUUCUGUUACAUUGACCUUACACACACACACACACACACACACACACACACACACACACACACACACUCACUCACUCACUCACCACCACGGUUUUGUCAUCAUUGCUAUCUUAGGGAAAUGAGUAGUGUUAUACAUGUAACAUUUUGCAUUUUCUCAUCUCUCUUCUGUCUUGAACCAUCAGAGAAACCACCCCCAGAAACUUGAAUAGUGCUGCAGGUCUCAGUUACUGUCAAAUUACAUUGUAUCUACCAGGUGGCGUCAGAAGAUAAGGCUUGAAAUCACCAUCUGCACAAAGUGACUUUACCUCCGGAUUCUUUCCUCAACAGAAAAGCCCUUAGUGUUCGAACAGAAAACAGCCUUUUGAUCCUGUUCAUCAACCAUAUAAAGAAGACGUGUGUAUUUCCCUGGUUCUAAGAGUAAUGUAAGCAAUGGUCUCACCACGAAACCAUCCAUUUGUCCUGGGGUUUGGGUGGAGGGUGACUGACUUGUCACUUACUUCAAUCCCCUGGAAAUGCUGUGCUUGGACUUUGCUUCUACACUUCACCAUGGGGGCCAUUGUGUGUUGUGUGACUUCAGCUUCAGUGACAAAACAGAUGUUUUCCAGCAAUUUUGUCAUAGGUACAUUUCUCAAAUCUUUUGGAAUUGAUUCUCAAUAAAAUCUAGGUCUCUGACCUUCCAAAAUUGAAAGAGACCUUAAAUGAUAAGGUCCCUUUUAUGUGACCCACCAAUACCAUUUUAAAGGUAUCAUUUUCCCAUUGUCUGUGCCAGUUUGAAAAAAAUAAAAAGUAAGAUGAGGCCCAAGAUUGGUUGAAGACUAAGCUGUUCUUUAAGAUACUUAGCUGUCAGGCAUUUGGACAGAGUAAUGAAAUGAAGCUAACCUGAAAAGGAAAACUAUUAGGAUAUUCUUUGUAUCACAAACUUCCUUGGGGGAGAGUGUAAGCCCUGUUCCCUGACCACUCUGGUUCACUGAGAGCAGUGAUGAAAGCCAGCAUGUCAGUUCAAGUCUUGCUCUCUGUGUUAGGAAAAACACCAGCUUCACAGCUUCUUCACCUGGCUCUCAGCCUCAUCUUAGGUGGUAGCAUUGUGUGUGCACACUGCUCAGAGUGCCUGAGAUAACUGUCACCAACUUAGGUUGAGCAUUGGCUCUAAUAUGCAAGAUUUUAGGAAGCAUGGCUGCUAAAAAGUUUAGUAUUCUUAUCUACAGACCACAUAGCCCUGGAUGUAAGAAAGAGGGGAGGUCACAUCUAUACACAGGGGAGAAGGUGCAGUGUGGUGAAAGUGUGGGUGUAGGGAGGGAUAUGAGAGUCUGAGAGAAGCGAGGUUUUGAUGCAGCAAGAGCACAGGGGAAUGCCUUUGUUUGCAUCUUUUUUUUUUUUUUUGGUUUAUAUCUUUCUUAAGUACAAUCUUGGCAGUGCACAACAAUCAUUUGAGACUUCCUAAUGGUUUCAAGAUGUCUUUGACUGGGAACAGAACAUCAGUAUUUUUGAAAGCCCUAAAAGUGGGUCUAUGUCCAGCCAGAGUUGCUAAGCACUGCUUUAUAAACUAAGAAAGAUUCUUGUCUUCCUGGGCUGAUAUUCUAGUCCCUUCUAAGGGAUCAGGAAAGGAAGACUGUAAGAGACUUGUCUUGAUGGGCAUUUACUCUGUGCCUCUCACAGAACAAAAGACAGUACACAUUUCUAAUCAGGCAACUCCACGAAUUCUUUGAAGCUAUAUAAUAUCAUUCUGUGUGACUUGAUCUUUAGUUACCUUAAAAAACGCUGUAAGUUUUGACUAUCCUUUAUAUAAGUUACCAGAAAUAUCACCAUAGUUCAGCAGUAUAUUAAGCUAAGUGGUAAAAUUACUUCUCAAUAUCUGGACAAUGGAAAGACAUGAUGAGUGGCCCCUGCUCUGCUAUGGGUAUCCUACUGAAUCUGAUUUCAACAAACAGAAUAGUUUGAUUGUUGUCUCGACAGCUGCCAGGGUCACUUGAAUUUAUUCUCUGAUUUAUUGAGUAUGUGGGGAAAGGGAAAAAGCAUCAUCUGAACACCAAGGUCCUGAAAAAGGGCUUACAUGCCCAGAAAGGAAGAGUCUAGCCAAUGGAAGGCAAUAUUCAGACUUCUGUCCCCUCGUGCCACUUCCUCUCCUGUCUUGGCCCGCCCUUCUCAACUGCAAAGCCAGAAGAUAUACUAGGUGGUGGUUUGGGGUAGUUGUACACAGGAUUAAAAUCUCUAAUAGCUUAUAAUUUUAGUACUUAAUUAUGUGAUGUUUUAUUCUAGGAAGUAAGAGACAGACAACACCAUUGAUGUAUCUUUCUUUCAUCUUCAGAAUUUUUGCAUCUUUUCAAAAAAUGACAGAUUACUAUUUUUCUGUUGCAUUCAGCAAUUGUGACUAUACCUAAAAUUCUUGUAGUCUGUAGAGAUAUCAAUAAAAUUGUAUAUGUUUGUACAUAGAUGCUCUCUUAUGUCAUGAUGUCAUGUACUAUUGAUUUUUGCCAAGAUUAAAAUAUAGAGGUAAAGCCCUCAUUUGCAAACUGUGAA